AUGGAUCCCCUCUCCAUCGGCGGCCUGGCCAUUGGCGUUGCCUCGCUGAGCCUCCAGGUCUACACGGGCUGCAUCCAAGGCAUCCAGCUCCUCGUAACCGCUCUCGGCUACGAAGAUGAAUGCAAGUAUCUCAACCUGCGCCUGCGCAUGGAGCAGCAGCGCCUCUUUGCUUGGAGCGAGACGUCGGGCCUGCUCGACCUCGAUGCCAGCAACCACGAGAGGAUCCUCAACUCCAACCUCUUCAACCUGCACCGCCAGACCAUUCUCGACCUGCUCGUUCAGGUCCAGUGCCUCUUUGACGACUUCACCAGCCACCAGCGCAAGCACAACAAUCUCCGCCCCGUUCGCGAUGACGACGACCUGCUCGGCGCCCCCGACAAGGACGCCAAGCAGGCCAACUUCCCCAUGUCGGACAGGAAGCGCGACUUUAUCAAAAAGGCCAUGGUCGGCCUCAAGCUCAAGUCGCACGGCGGCUGGGUGCGCCUCCGCUGGUCCUCGUUCGACAAAGAGGCCUUUGAGAGGCUCCUCGCAAAGUUCUCCGCCCUCAACGACAACAUGACCAACAUCCUCGACCACUCGCUUCAAGUUGAGAUCCGACACACGGUCCAGGACACCAAUCGCGGCGUCCUUCUCUUGCACCACAAGAUUGCCGACCUCAGCCAUCUCGUGCUGGCUCUCAAGUCCCAGCUCGAUGUCGGCGCUAGCCAAACGACACCCGCUGCCUCGCGUGUGUCCACGAGGGAACGAGAGGCAAGCAUGAAGGCCUUGCUACAGCUCGCUGCCCUGGCCAGAUUCAAGGCCUUCAACGAGACCAUAGACCCCCAGGCCGGCCUGCCCACCCACGCCGACGCCGCCGCCGCCAAGUUCCUCGAGCUGGCCGGCCCGAACCAACCGCGCGACCUUCGGGUAGCCCGGCUCCGCAUUGAGCUUGACCCCGAUGUUGAGGCGCAGGAGGCGCCCCGCUGCGAGGCUCUCCUCAAGGCGACCGCCGAAGAUGGCCAGGAGACACAGACGAGAGUGUGGAUCGAGUGGAAAGACUACGACGGCGCCGGCGCGUACCCCGACUCUCUGUCCAAGGAGGACAUUGUCGAUCGUGUGCGCAAGCUGGCCUCGCUGCUGCACCACAGUCCCAAGCCGGACGCCUUCCGGACGCCUCACUGCCUCGGCUACUUUGACAAGGCCGACCCGGAUGUCGCCGAAGAUGACGUCGACGUCCUCGACAAACGGCUCGGCCUCAUCUUUGAGCGCCCCAACGGCGACGAACUCGACGGCGCCCUGCCGCCCGUGUCGCUGCAUGAUAUUCUCCAGGACACCACAAUUCGCAAGCCGCGCGUGACGGAGCGUGUCAAGCUCGCGCACGCCCUCAGCAACUGUCUACUUUAUCUCCACGCCGUCAACUGGCUCCACAAAGGUCUACGCAGCCACAACGUCCUCUUCUUCCGCACGCACGCCGGUCACGUUGACCUGCACCAGCCCUACCUUUCGGGCUUUGAUUUUUCGCGGCCGGGUGGCUCCGACGAGAUGACGGACGUGCCGGGCGACGACGCCGAGCACGAUCUGUACCGGCACCCGCUCACGCAAUCCAAUCGACGCUCGGAUCGCGAGCGGUCCAAUAAGAGCUUCGACGUCUACAGCCUCGGCGUCAUCCUAGUCGAGCUGGCGCACUGGAAGACGGUGGACCGGGUGUUGGGCAUCGACCUGCGGCGGGCCAGAGGCAACCACAAAAUUGUCAGGCAGGUCAGGGAGCGCCUCGUAGCGAACGAGAGCAUUGGCGCUGUGGGCGCCGAAAUGGGCCAGAGAUUCGAGGGGGCGACGAGGGCGUGCUUGGCCGGCGGGCCCGAGCUGGGGCUGCACCCGGGCGAGGACGAGACGGCGGAUGAGGUGGCCGAGAGGUUGUCUGUGAGGUAUUACGAAGACGUGGUCAAGAGAUUGGGAGAAGUAGUUGUCUAG